AUGACUUGGUCAGAGUCCCGCCCUGGUCACUAUCAAAGGCGUAUUGGAGAAAAUGAGAAAUUCAUCAAAGCGAUAGGAGAUCGUGCCCAUGCUUCAGGCCGCGAACACUGGUCAAUCACCUCCCAAGCUUCAUUCAAAGUGACCGAGCCUCUCCAAGGCGAUGAUUUGCUCACCAAGUUAAGCCGUGCAUGGAAGAAUUUGCGAUUUGAACAUCCCAGCAUUGCUUCCACAGCAGAGGAAGAAACGCUGAAUUACGUCGUCCCAGACACCAACGCGCUCGACAGGUGGGCCAACGAGACCUUCUUUGUCCACGACGAAAAUAUCAGCGCCGGCGAUCUGAUUGCUAGCUUCAAGCCAUCCCCUUACAUGACAGCUCACUAUAUACCAAAGAGUUCUCAGCUUAUCCUGCAUACAGCACAUUGGCGUACAGACGGCUUUGGUGCGUUGCAACUACUCAACGCCUUCUUUGAGGCAUUUUGCGCCGCCACGUCAGGUCGAGAUCCCUCCAGCCUACCAUGGGGCGAGGAGGUUGGCCGACUGGUCCCUAGCGUCGAAGAGGUCCUCAAUCUGCCAAUCACUGUAACACCAGAAAUAAAGGCCACAGCAGAUCGGUACAUCUCUACUCUUGCCCACGUAACCGGCGCAGUUGGUGUAUCAUACCUUGGAGACAAGAGCACCUUACCCUCUGGAACUCGGAGCGCACGACUGACCCUCUCUCAACCCACGACAAGGGCAAUUUUUGAAGCCUGUAAAGCACGUGAUAUCAAUGUACUCUCCGCAGUUCAUGCCUCGGUCGCUGCCAUCACCUUCGCCGGUGCGCCAGCAGAUUCAAAGCACAAACACUACACCAGCACCAUGCGGUUCAGCCUCAGGCCAUAUCUGCCAGAACCAUAUAACACGCCUCGAUUUGCAUCCGGCCUGUACACCGGAGGCUAUAUGUUCAGGAUACCAGCCUCGCAAUCUUGGACUGAAAAUACCAGACGAUACAACGACGAAUAUCACCUCGGCGUGACAAGGGAGUUUUUGCUGGCUCGCAGACAAUACGCGCUUGAUGUGCAGAGCCUACUGCGAAAGAAUCCGCCUGUCGAUGGUCCGCCGCCGAGCGAGGUCGAUAUCUCCAGUGUGGAUGAUGCGGAGUUGCUGGUAUGCCCUGUCCACAAAAGCGGAGAAGAGGACGGAGGAUCAGUGGAGAUCCUGGACGUAAGUAUUGGCGUGGAAACCCUAACGCGGCAGAUGUAUUGUUUUGUCUGGACCUUCCGAGACCAGAUGAAGUUCAACCUGGUUUACAAUGAGGCCUUCUAUGACGCCAUCGUUCCUCUAGAGCUGUUGGCCAAGUUAAAGGAGGUACUGCAGACGGAAUUGCACAUCUAA